UUCUGAAAACCAUUCCAAACACAGGCCUCUGAAACUUCGCCCACCACAAGUUCUUUCUCUCUAAAUACACACACACAUAUUAUAUAUAUAUAUAUAUAUAUAUAUAUAUAUAUAUAUAUAUAUCCAGAUCCUUCGACUCCAACUGAUCGGCCGAUCAAUUCAGCUUCAUAAAGCCCCAACACCACUUGAGCUAUUGGUUGAGGGCUGUUGACUGUGAAAAUGGCGACCGGAGCUGUUCCAGCUUCCUUCACGGGUCUGAAGGGCAAGGACUGUGGCUUGGGGUUUGCAAAAAGUGGUGAUUUUGUGAGAGUUUGUAACGUGCAGAGGGUUAAGUUUCGUCGAACAAAGGUCUCAGUCAUCAAAAAUUCAAACCCUGGUUCAGAAAUUGCCGAACUUCGGCCUGCAUCAGAAGGGAGUCCUCUAUUGGUUCCUAGGCAGAAGUACUGUGAAUCCAUACACAAAACUGUUAGGAGGAAAACCUGCACAGUGAUGGUCGGAAAUGUGGCUAUUGGUAGCGAACAUCCUAUAAAAAUUCAAACUAUGACUACAACCGACACUAAGGAUGUCGCGGCAACAGUUGAACAGGUGAUGCAAAUAGCUGACAAGGGAGCUGAUCUUGUCCGGAUAACGGUGCAAGGGAAAAGAGAAGCAGAUGCAUGUUUUGAAAUUAAGAACUCCCUUGUUCAGAAGAAUUAUGACAUACCUCUGGUGGCAGACAUUCACUUUGCUCCUUCUGUUGCACUGCGGGUUGCUGAAUGCUUUGACAAAAUUCGUGUCAACCCUGGAAACUUUGCUGAUAGACGGGCCCAGUUUGAAAAGCUGGAGUACACAGAAGAUGACUAUCAAAAAGAACUAGAACAUAUUGAGCAGGUUUUUACUCCAUUGGUUGAGAAAUGCAAGAAAUAUGGAAGGGCAAUGCGCAUUGGGACAAACCAUGGGAGCCUUUCAGAUCGUAUAAUGAGCUACUAUGGGGAUUCUCCUAGGGGAAUGGUUGAAUCUGCUUUUGAGUUUGCAAGAAUAUGUCGGAAGUUGGAUUUCCAUAAUUUUGUCUUUUCAAUGAAAGCGAGCAACCCAGUUGUCAUGGUCCAGGCAUACCGUCUGCUAGUAGCUGAAAUGUAUGUUCAAGGAUGGGAUUAUCCACUGCACCUGGGAGUUACUGAAGCAGGUGAAGGUGAGGAUGGACGGAUGAAAUCUGCAAUUGGCAUCGGAACCCUUCUUCAGGAUGGUUUGGGCGAUACAAUCAGGGUCUCCCUCACAGAACCUCCAGAGGAGGAGAUAGACCCCUGUAGAAGGCUGGCAAACCUUGGUAUGAGAGCAUCUGGUCUUCAGCAAGGAGUGGUUCCAUUUGAAGAGAAGAACAGACACUACUUCGAUUUUCAACGAAGAACUGGUCAAUUGCCAUUGCAAAAGGAGGGUGAAGAGGUGGAUUAUAGAGGUGUCCUGCACCGUGAUGGCUCUGUUCUCUUGUCUGUUACAUUGGAUCAAUUGAAGACCCCUGAACUUCUCUACAAAUCACUAGCAGCCAAGCUUGUCGUUGGCAUGCCAUUUAAGGACCUGGCUACAGUGGACUCAAUCUUAUUGAGAGAGCUUCCACCAUUAGAUGACAUCGACUCUAGGCUGGCUCUCAAGAGACUGAUAGAUAUAAGUAUGGGGGUUAUAACUCCUUUGUCGGAGCAACUGACAAAAUCAUUACCCAAUGCUAUGGUCCUGGUAAAUCUGAACGAAUUAUCCACUGGUGCUUACAAGCUUUUGCCUGAAGGCACACGCUUGGUUGUGUCUGUACGUGGAGAUGAACCCUACGAAGACUUGGAAAUCCUAAAAAGUAUUGAUGCUACAAUGCUUUUCCAUGAUCUACCAUUUACUGAAGAGAAAAUAGGCAGAGUACAUGCAGCCAGGAGGCUAUUUGAAUUUCUUUCAGGGAAUUCUUUGAACUUCCCUGUAAUUCACCAUAUACAAUUUCCCAAAGGGAUCCACAGGGAUGAUUUAGUCAUUGGUGCUGGAACCAAUGCAGGGGCCCUUUUAGUAGAUGGACUUGGAGAUGGUCUUUUCUUAGAAGCCCCUGACCAGGACUUCGAUUUUCUUAGAAAUACGUCUUUCAAUUUGCUACAAGGUUGCAGAAUGCGGAAUACAAAGACGGAAUACGUUUCAUGUCCAUCCUGUGGCAGAACUUUAUUUGACCUUCAGGAAAUAAGUGCAGAAAUAAGAGAAAAGACAUCACACUUACCUGGUGUUUCAAUUGCCAUCAUGGGUUGCAUCGUAAAUGGGCCAGGGGAGAUGGCUGAUGCAGAUUUUGGGUAUGUUGGUGGUGCUCCAGGAAAGAUUGACCUCUAUGUCGGGAAGACGGUGGUUAAACGAGGGAUUGACAUGGAGCGUGCAACUGAUGCCUUGAUCCAACUAAUAAAGGAUCACGGCCGCUGGGUGGACCCUCCUGCAGAAGAGUAAGAUCAUUCAAUAUAGUAGUAAUAAUAGAGUAAUCAAAAUGGGGAUCAUUGUACUACUGUUGUAUAUUAGGGUUCUACAGAUCUGAGAUCACUAAAUUGUAAACAGCAGCCGUACAUUAUAGGAAGUUUUACUUUUACCAUAAGAGCUGCUAUAAGUAAGACGCAAUGGAUGCAUUCAUUAUAUGUUGUAUGAUUAGCAUACAUGUAACAUUGUAAUUUUCCAGUCACUCAAUGAAUUGGUAUUUGAGUGUAAA